CCCCCAUCAUCACCCUCCCCACUCCCAAGAAAAGCAGCCCGAGAAGUAGUGACCAAUCCUCCUCGGAUUACCAUCGAAAGGCUCCUCCCUUUCUCCCCUCCCCACCUCGAUUUGCAUAAAAAAGCCAGGAAAGCUUGUUUUGCCCCUAGCACCCGAUCCGGCUGCCGCCCCCGGUUCCGAGCCCCGAGUGGAUCCCCCCGCUGAAUGAGGUCUAGGGAGACCCCCAGAGCGCCCCUCGCUGUCUCUUCCUCGGCGCCCCUUCCCAUCCUCGUGCUCCUCCUCCCCCCCGCCACUGCUUAGUUUCUUGACUCUGACCAGCGGCGCGGAGAGCUCGGGUCGAGGGGGCGGGGGGAGAGUAGGCUUGCCUUGGAGGUCGCGGUUGCUUUUUCCCCCCUUGCUAGAUCCCUUUCUGAGGUCGAGUUGCCCAAGAUGCCUCAGGGGCCCGGCUCUCUACUCCUGCUCUUCCUCGCCUCCCACUGCUGCCUGGGCUCCGCGCGUGGGCUUUUCCUCUUCGGGCAGCCCGACUUCUCCUACAAGAGGAGCAAUUGCAAGCCCAUCCCCGCCAACCUGCAGCUGUGCCACGGCAUCGAGUACCAGAACAUGCGGCUGCCCAACCUCCUGGGCCACGAGACCAUGAAGGAGGUGCUGGAACAGGCGGGAGCCUGGAUCCCGCUCGUCAUGAAGCAGUGCCAUCCGGACACCAAAAAGUUCCUUUGCUCGCUCUUCGCCCCGGUCUGCCUCGACGACCUGGACGAGACCAUUCAACCGUGCCAUUCGCUGUGCGUGCAGGUGAAAGACCGCUGCGCCCCGGUCAUGUCCGCCUUCGGCUUUCCCUGGCCCGACAUGCUGGAAUGUGACCGCUUCCCCCAGGACAACGACCUCUGCAUCCCCCUGGCCAGCAGCGACCACCUCUUGCUGGCCACGGAGGAAGCUCCAAAGGUGUGUGAAGCCUGCAAAAACAGAAAUGAUGAUGACAAUGACAUUAUGGAAACCCUUUGCAAAAAUGACUUUGCCCUGAAGAUAAAAGUGAAAGAGAUAACUUACAUCAAUCGAGACACCAAGAUCAUCUUGGAAACAAAAAGCAAAACGAUUUACAAGCUGAACGGAGUGUCCGAACGGGAUCUGAAGAAAUCCGUGUUGUGGCUCAAAGACAGCCUGCAGUGUACCUGCGAGGAGAUGAAUGAUAUCAAUGCUCCCUAUCUGGUUAUGGGACAGAAGCAGGGUGGGGAGCUGGUGAUCACCUCUGUGAAGCGGUGGCAGAAAGGGCAGCGAGAGUUUAAACGAAUCUCCCGUAGUAUCCGCAAGCUGCAGUGCUAAUCCCUUCCUGUCUGCCUGGUGCAUCCUGGUGGCUCUGCUCCCCGGCCAGGCUGAGCAUGUCCAGCCAGGACUCCUUCUUCUCACCUAAGCAGUCUCCACACCCAGCCCUAUACUUCCCACUGCCUUUUGCACCUUCUCAUCUCAGAAUUUCCUGAGUUUUUUAAUUCUUAGGAAGCCUGGGGAAUAGAGAGCUAUUUUUCACUUAUAAGAAAAAGAAAGAUAGAAAAACCACCCAAAUCUUAUGUGUAUAUAUAUUAAAAUUGUAAUAAAA